AGGGAACGAUGAAUGCCACACGUGCCGCAAUACUUACUGCAAAGUACAAUCAAUCAGCAUAUAUAUGUAGCUUGCGCGUUCUUCGUUCUCUUUAACCCACUUCAAUUAUACUAUACGUACAGGUUAGUAACUGCUUCCCCUUAUCCCCUCUUUUCGCGUGUGCGAGAGAGAACGCACAGACACGAAACAGAGUGCAUCCUUUUCUACGUGAGCUCUACCCCCACUCCGCCAACCAGCAGUCUAGAUAUACUAUGUCUAUGGAUAUAAUUAUAGCAGAUUAUAGUCUGACAAAAGCCGAUAAUUUCAUUGUUCUGGGUUUAUCCACCAGAGAGAAACCCAGAACAAUGAAAUUAUCGGCUUUUGUCAGACUAUAAUAUCCAUCUCAUAUAAGUUAAGUUAAUCAGUGAAUCGGAAAGAAUUAAAAUUAAUCGGCAAGACAUCAAACUACGCACGCGAAAUCAAACGGGCUCUAUAAGAGCUUCUAAAAACGAGGCAAUGCGUCAGAUACAUAGCGAAAGCCAACGUUUAUUAAGAGAGACGGAAAUUUCUUUACCGUAUCACAGGCCAAAACAACGUACAUUACAAGAGUUUUUGAACAGAAGAAAUAUAUUAUCUACCCUUCCGAAAGCACCUUCAACAGCUGCAAAACUUAAGAUGUCGUCUGCAAUAGUAAGCCAGGUCCUUGCAGAAAAGGAAAAAGAGGCAGAACUUUUUUACAAAUCCUCCAAAUGUAUUCAAGAUCCUAACAGGAUUGGAACAGGCACUCAAGAGUCUCAAGAUAAUAAUAAGGAGAUUGUGCAAAAAGAUCACUUAGAUCUUAAAGAAACACUCCCGUACAAAAAAGUGCCUGCUAGCACUGAUAAUUCUGAAUUUAAUAAGCCUGGGGCCAAAUUAAUACGUUUAAAGGAAGAUCUAAAAUUACAAAUGACUUUAAAACGUAAUAAAGAAUGGAAACAAAAAGAAAUGGAGCUGCAAGCGGAGGAGGAGGAGGAAGACUGGAAUGGAGAAGAAGAAAGUGGUCACGAUUCCGAUGAAGAAGAAAAAGCGAAUAUGGGUUUUGAGUCGAGUAACAGUGGAGAGAGCGAACCCGAAGAGAAUGACAUUUGUAUUAGUCAGAUACAUAGACAUUCUGACUCCAGCGUCAGAAAUAAAACUAUUUUAAAAAAGAAAUUAUUUGAUGAUAUUGGAGAAACUAUCGACGAUGAAUACCUUAUGCAAUUAUGUUCGGGUAAAUUUGAAUCUACCCAAAGAACCGAUCUAGAUUUAUUUUCGCAAUCCAAUACCACUCAAGUAUCGCAGUUACGUUCAAGUGCCGAAUUACGUCCUGGAAAUUCUAACGCGAAUCCAGUUGAUGUUAAACAAUCCAAAGAUCCAAAAGAAAGUGAUAAUAUGUUUCAAGAUAUUAAAUUAAUCUUAGAUGAAGAUUCCAAUUCUGUAAAUUAUGCAAGAGAAAUAAGUAAAGAUAGCGCAAUAGAUUCUGAAUUAAAAUUAACAAUCGCUUCCUCGGACGAUGAGGAUGAUGAAGAUACGUUUGUCAAACCCAAAAGACGUUUGGUCAAAAAAUUCAACUUGUCCGAUUCGGAAGAAGAGAAUUCUAAAUUCUCUAAUGAAGAAAAGGAUGAUGUAGACAGUGAAGAAGCAGAGGAACAAUACAUUGACUACGAUUCCGAGGAAAAUGAAAUAGUAUCGGAAAUACCGGAAGAGAAUAUAAAACAAGUUGCAGCUGGUUUUUUGGAAGAAGAGGCCGAGUUAAGUGAAAGUGAUUGGGAUUCCGCUGAUGAAGACGAGAAGGACAUGGAUAAAUUAGAAUUUGAGGAAGCUGAUGAGGAACACAUAGACGAACACGAGAUGAAGAAUCAACUGGAAAAGAUUCAUAUGAAACAAAUGCUCGAUGAAGAUAAAAGGGAAGUUAGAUUGCUUAAGGAGUUAUUAUUCGAGGAUGGUGAUUUACACUCCGAUGGAACGGGACGUGAGCGUAAAUUCAAAUGGAGGAAUAUAGAUAAAUUAGGAAGUAGUAUUGAAACACCACAAAUGUCUGAUGAAAACGAUGGCUGGGUCGACGUGCAAGAAGAUGAGGAAGAAGCAAAGUGGAGUAAACUCAGAUACGAAAGGGACAAAUUUCUUGAGGAAAGAAUGAAAUGCUUAAAUAACGAGAUCGAAGACGAGUUGUGCGACAGUCAAAUUUUUAAACUCGGACUAAAAGCAGUUAGGAAAAUGAAGGAUAAUGAGUCACAAAGGCAAGAUACUUCUCUCGACAAAGCAGAUUCUAUCGAAAAUAUGGAACCGAUUAUGCCACGGAAUAUAACGGAUCUCUUGAAUGGACCAAAUAUCGGAAAGAAAUCCCAAACGAUAUAUAAUAUUAUAAAAAAACGUUCGCUCUUGACUCGAGGGGAAGAGUCGUUAGCAAGGAUAGCUUCAUUGGCAAAGCAAGGUGAUUCUGCUUUUCACUCGGUAAAUAAGAGAAAUUUUGUCUUUCCACAUAUCGAUCAAAGCACAGAUGAUACACAUAAAAAAGAGAACGAAACAGCAGAAGAAUUGGACUUGCAAAUUAAGCCUGGAAAGAGAAAGAUGAUGUCAAAGAUGGUGUCGUCAACAUCGAAAAAGAGGCGAAAAUAAAGCUGUUCUCCGCGCGUAGAA